GGUUCGAUGUGGACGCCAUAUCACCGUACUGCCAACCUAGUCGCUCCCUUUCUGGUCUCUCUUUGUUGCCUGACCUGAUACCGUCGAAAUUUUGAGAUACCCAUUCAUCGACCUUGCAUUUGAAGCCUUUCUUUUCUAUUUGGACUGUCGCUACCUCUGUUCGAUCACCUGUUGCCUAUCUAGUGGUACACCACUGCAUCCGCUCAUUUUAUGAACCUGCCAUCACCUUGCACAAUUCGACCGCUUGACUCGGAUACAGCGCCAUUGAGAUCCCUUCAGCAUGUCCCGCCCAAGCCUCAGUAUUGGAAGCGACUCCCUACGAAGUUGUCUAGCCCCUCGAGAUCAAUCAACCGACUCCGACUCCGACAUCUGUUACGACACAGCCCUGCCACCCAUCACUUCUAAGCAGUUGAUGAUCAACUCUCGCUCAUACCGCGGCUCCGACCCGUCCAUCGUGGUAGGAAGCUUUCGUGGAAACCAAAAAGCUGCCGCCGCCCUCGGUUUCGCCCCGGACAUGUCGAGCAUGACUCGGGGGCCCAACGCCCAUCGCCGGACCGGAAGCACUCUAAAGACCGUCAUGAGGAAAAUCUUCACCCGCAAAGCACGGGGCUCGGCAGACGGCUGCGAGGAGGCUUUGCCGGACUUUCGGCUCAACAAUCCCCAGGAAUCGCGGCCCGAUAAGGACACCACCAAUUACGCCGCGCUCUCGAAUUCAUUGAAAUCGAAAUACAGCAGCCCGAUCCGGGAAGAGCCCAAGGAUCCGAAAGCGUUUGAAGAUACAUUGUUGAAGCUCGAAAUGAGGCCACCUCGAACCCGCCGAGCCACAUUGCCCAGCUUAGUCUUCUCGGACGACGAUGAGUCGCGUGAUGCCCUCGAUGCGUUGAUUCAUUCGGACCCCACGGAGAGUCGAAGUAAAAGUCCCUGCCUCGGCGAUCAUGAUGAGCGACGGCGCGAGCUCCUGCGCAGCAAACGACGCUCGCGGAGCGCAACCGCUCUGCGAGGCUUGGCCAAGCACCACCGGAUGUCUCCGAUUCAAUGGCGACGACGUAGCAUCGAGUCGUACGUCACGUCAACUGCUUGUGGCGCCGCUUCCGACACCGAUUUGAUGUCCAUCCGACCCCCGACACGGGGCACGGCAGUCAGUGCCCCACAGACGGCCGUGGAGCCGUCUGUGGAUGGCGCGAGCCCUUCGGAUGACCCGGUGGACGAAGAGAGCAUCCCCCCAAAUGUCGGCACGUUGGUCAGCGCCAUGCAGCACGACGACAGUAUCUCAUUGGAGCAGCGAUUGACCACCUUGGAGGUGAAGCUGAUUGACCUGGAAUUUGCCAUCGCCCGCAUGCAGACCGAACGCAGUGAACCUUCGCCCACGGCGACGUCCAGCCGGAAGCAAUCACAGAAUUCCUCGACCGAGCACAAGCGCAAAAAGUCUACGACGCAGCCCCCACCGUCCGGCAGUGAGGCGACGUCGAGCGGAGGAUCGGCGGGAGAUCGGCCGCUGAGCACGGCCACCAUCCGCCCCAGCACACAGCAGCUGCAUCGUUCCAAAACCUUACAAAGUCCCUCCUUAAGCUCACUCAGUGAUCAUAACGCCGGCAUCUCGGUAGACCUCGAACACGAGGUCUCCGGACUCCGCUCGGAUAUUCAGCAGCUGCAACAGCUGGCCCAAAAUUCCAUGGGUCUCAAAACGAUGUACCCAAUCCGGAACGCUGACUCGCAGGAGUUCAUGCGGCCGGACUCCAACACGAUGGGGUAUUCACAGACGACCCCUGUCCGUACCGAACAGAAACUCGGUCCCCCCUACGAGAGUGAUUCGGACUACGAUCGAUCUGACACGCCGACGGAGGACACAUUUCGGUCUCAAUGGCCGCCAAACCGGCGACUGGAAAUUGGGAACAUGAUCUGAUUGAGUCGCUGGCUUGUGACCGGCGCUUAACCUUGGGUGAUUUAUUAUCAGCACUGCAUAAUGACAGGGUUUCUUACCAGGAGGGAGGCGGUCUUCCUCACGAUUUAAUCCUUGCAUUUGGCUAUUGGCCAUUCCCUCCACUACUCUUCUGUUUUAUUACGUUCCCAGCUCACGACUAUGUAAUGAUUGGUCAUUCUGCUAGAUUGUUCUCAGCAAUGUUAUCAUCCUGGAUAUUAGAUAGCACGGGUUGCUUAUAGAUUCGAAU